AUGGCUCCGCAAGAUGACUAUGGCCCAACCGUUCUCGCAGUGAUAUGGUCCCAGAUUGGACUUGCGUCCUGCUUCCUAAGCUUGAGGCUGUAUUGCAAGUUCAGAAAGCACAGUGGGCUUUGGUGGGACGAUUACGUACUCAUAGCAUCAUGGACCUGCCUGUUGAUCUCAGUGGCACUAACCACAUACAUCAUUUCUCUCGGCUUCGGCAAGCAUAUUUACGUGGUGCCCCCCAUGAAUCUUCCAAUGAUCAGCCUCACCGGCAAUAUUAUCACUACGACAUCGAUUACUGCGGCGGUAUGGAGCAAGACUUCCUUUGCGAUGACGCUUUUGCGAAUCAAGGAACAAGGCUGGACGAGGUAUGUCAUCUGGGCAGCCAUUAUCUCCAUGAACGUCCUUAUGGGUCUCAACGCCUUGGCUUCUUGGGUUCAAUGUACUCCGAUUGAGAAGUUUUGGAUGCGGCAGACGCCGGGGUCAUGCUGGGAUCCUAGAGUUGCCACGUACUACGAUAUCUUUGCUUCAGGCUAUUCUGCGUUGAUGGAUAUCCUGCUCGCGAUGCUGCCUUGGCCGAUGAUCUUGGGACUUCAGAUGAAAAUCCAGGAGAAGAUUGGCGUAGGAAUUGCUAUGAGCAUGGGUCUUCUUGCUGGAUCAACUGCAAUUAUCAAGUGCACAACUUUACCAAGUCUUCUCUCUGGAGACUUUACCUACGAUGGAGGCCAGCUCGCAAUUUGGGGAACAUGUGAAACGAGCGUCACCAUCAUGGCCGCUUCCAUCCCUGUCCUUCGUGUCCUCGUUCGGGACGUUGCGUCUUCUGCCCGCAGGUACUAUGGUUCUUCGGGCUCUCGUACCGUCAAAUCUCGAAUUGGCCAUGGACCCAGCCCCCGGCGGACCAACACAGUGACAAUAACGACAUCACCACAGAAGGGCUCAUUUAGAAGAAAGUGGGACAGGUUGGCUGACGAUCGGAGCGACAAGAGCACAGUGGGAGCCGAGCUGGACAUAGACUUCGGCAAGAUCAUCCGGACAAAUGAAAUCGUAGUGCAAUACGACACGAGAAGUGAGAUUGAAGGGAGGAACAACGAUUAUGAGUUGCAUCAGAUGGGACCUAAGAACCCUAGCAACAUGGUCUAG